AUGCCUGUUAAUCCAUGGACCCUUUUCUUGGCUUUCUCUUUUUUCGUUUUAUCACCUCCUGUUUCGGGUUUGAAUCCACAGGGAGAAGCGCUUCUCGCCUGGAAGAGAUCGUUGAAUGGAUCCCUCGAGGCGUUAAGCAAUUGGGAUCCUACGGAUGAUACCUCUUGUGAAUGGUUCGGGUUGACUUGCAACUUGAAUAAAGAAGUUGUGGAGAUGAAUUUGAAGUAUAUGGACUUACUUGGAAAUGUACCGAGUAAUUUCAGUUCACUGGCGUCGUUGAAGAGGCUAGUCUUGUCCGGGACAAACCUGUCGGGAUCAAUCCCGAAGGAGAUUGGAACUCUUCAAGAAUUGGUGUACUUGGAUUUGAGUGACAAUGCCUUGACAGGUGAAAUUCCGGGUGAGAUUUGUCAUUUGCCUAAGCUUGAACAACUUGUUUUGGACACGAAUCGACUUGAAGGAUCCAUUCCAGCUGCAAUUGGGAAUUUAACGUCCCUUAUGUCAUUGAUUAUCUACGAUAAUCAACUCAGUGGACUGAUUCCAGGCAGCAUUGGAAGCCUGAAAAGGCUUGAAGUUAUUAGAGCUGGAGGCAACAAAAACCUGGCAGGCUCAAUCCCACAAGAAAUUGGCAAUUGUACCAAUUUGAUCAUGUUAGGCCUGGCAGAAACCAGCAUUACAGGGUUCCUCCCUCCGUCCCUUGGCCUCCUGGAAAAACUCGAGACUAUUGCUGUCUACACAACUCUUCUCUCUGGCCAAAUGCCACCUGAAUUAGGAGCCUGCACCUCCCUGGAAAACAUCUACCUCUAUGAAAACUCCCUCUCCGGCUCAAUCCCGACAAAUCUUGGCAACCUUCGUAAUCUGCAAAACCUCCUUCUCUGGCAAAAUAAUUUGGUGGGCACAAUUCCUCCCGAGCUUGGAAACUGCCAUCAACUACUCGUAAUUGAUAUUUCCAUGAAUUCGUUAACUGGCAGCAUCCCGGAAAGUUUUGGGAACCUGGCCUUAUUGCAAGAGCUGCAGCUGAGUGUAAACCAAGUAUCUGGCAAAAUUCCCGCACUACUUGGGAAUUGCACGGCCCUCACUCACAUCGAACUCGACAACAAUCAAAUCACAGGUACUAUUCCAUCAGAAUUUGGGAAUCUGCCAAAUCUUACGCUGUUAUUCUUAUGGCAAAAUCGGUUAGAGGGAAAUAUUCCGCCAUCUUUAUCUGCGUGUCAUAAAUUGGAGGCGAUUGAUAUGUCACAGAAUACAUUGACAGGUUCAAUUCCAAAGGGUAUUUUUGAAUUGCAGAAACUGAACAAGCUUUUAUUAUUAUCUAACAAUCUUUCUGGAACCAUACCGCCGGAAAUCGGGAACUGCUCGUCCUUGAUACGGUUCCGGGCCUGUAAUAAUAUGCUUACAGGGCCAGUUCCGCCGGAAAUCGGGAGGUUGAAGAAUAUAAAUUUCUUGGAUCUGGGUUCAAACAGGUUAACCGGAAUUAUACCAAUGGAGAUCGCUGGAUGCCAAAAUCUGACGUUUCUUGAUCUGCAUUCAAAUUCUCUCUCUGGACAGUUGCCGGGGAACCUGAACCAGCUUGCCACUCUCCAGUUCCUUGAUGUAUCUGAAAAUUUCAUUGAAGGUACGCUGAAUCCGAGUCUUGGCUCAUUGAGUUCAUUGACAAAACUUAUUCUCGGGAAGAACAGGCUAUCUGGUUCAAUCCCGAGCCAACUCGGUUCGUGUUCCCGGCUUCAGUUACUUGAUUUAAGUGGCAAUAGGCUCGAGGGACAGAUUCCGGCGAGUUUGGGGAAGAUUCCGGCAUUGGAAAUUGCUCUAAAUUUAAGCUGGAAUAAACUUUCCGGUGAGAUACCGUCGGAGUUUACUGCAUUGGAUAAGCUUGGAGUUUUGGACCUUUCUUACAACCAGCUAUCUGGGGACCUACAUUAUCUGACCGAACUUCAAAAUCUUGUGGUGUUGAAUGUGUCCCACAAUCAGUUAUCGGGACAUGUGCCCGACACGUCAUUCUUCGCCAAGCUGCCACUUAGCGUCCUAGCUGGCAAUCCCGACCUGUGCUUUUCCGGUAAUGAGUGCUCUGCCGACAAGGGUGGAGCGGCUAAGCAUGGCAAGGCAACGAGAGUGGCAAUGGUGGUGUUGCUCUCUACUGCAUGUGUCCUACUAUUUGCUGCACUCUACAUUAGCGUCGGAGGCAAAAUGCAGGUAUGUGGGGCCCACAAUUCUGAUUUGGACAGUGACGGCGAUGUGGAGUUGGGUCCACCAUGGGAGGUCACGUUGUACCAAAAGCUCGACUUGUCAAUUGUUGAUGUAACAAAGUGCUUGACAGCCGUCAAUGUGAUUGGUUGCGGGAGAUCGGGCAUAGUUUAUCGAGCAAACAUUUCAUCGGGAUUAGUUAUAGCUGUCAAAAAAUUCCGAACAACGGAAACAUGCUCCGCUCCAUCAUUUUCGUCGGAGAUUACGACGUUGGCAUGCAUUAGACACAGGAACAUUGUUAGACUAUUGGGUUGGGCAGCUAACCGGAAGACUAAGCUAUUGUUCUAUGACUACAUGCCUAAUGGUACAUUAGGUUCAUUGUUGCAUGAGGAAUGCGGAAGCAUAGUCGAGUGGGAAACUCGUUUCAAGAUCGCUUUAGGAGUGGCAGAGGGCUUGGCCUACUUACACCACGACUGUGUGCCCCCGAUCCUCCACCGAGAUGUCAAGGCGCACAACAUACUCUUAGGGGAUCAGUAUGAACCGUAUUUAGCUGAUUUUGGGCUUGCCAGGCUUGUCGAGGAAGAAAAUACUUCAUUUUCACCGAACCCUCAAUUUGCUGGAUCAUAUGGCUACUUCGCUCCCGAAUAUGCUUGCAUGCUAAAAAUUACUGAGAAGAGCGAUGUUUAUAGUUAUGGAGUCGUACUGCUAGAAAUCAUAACCGGGAAAAAACCAGUUGAUCCGUCAUUCCCUGAUGGACAACACGUGAUUCAAUGGGUUCGAGAUCACCUAAAGAGCAAAAAGAACCCUGUCGAUAUCAUUGACCAAAAGCUUCAAGGCAAUCCAGACACACAAAUUCAAGAAAUGCUCCAAGGCCUCGGAAUAGCUAUACUUUGCACCAGUAACCGGGUAGAGGAUCGCCCUACAAUGAAAGAUGUUGUGGCUUUAUUGAAGGAAAUCCAGCACGAGCAUACAACAGCAAGUGAAUCCCACAAAACAGCCAGCAAAUCAUCAAAAAUCUCUAAAGUUUCGUCGAAUUCAUCCACAUUUGUGACCCCCGCUCAGUUGCUCAUUCAAGGGUCGUCUAAUUACACCCUCACUUACUCCUCUUCCUCAAAAAGUUACAAUACAAGACAUCAAUAA